AAAUACAUUAACUUUGAAGUGGAAUUAAACAAUGGAACCAGAUAUUAUUCGAAUGUACUCCUCAUCCCCUCCACCGCUAGACAAUGGAGCUGAUGAUGAUGAUGAAGAUGAGUUUGGAGAAUUUGGAGGAUUUUCUGGUGUUACCACUGCUGGUGUAGCUUUUGCUGAUUUUGAUACACAGGACUACAGUCAUCCAAAGGAAGAGUUUAUACCCACAAAUCAUUUCAUCCCACUUCAUGAUUAUUCUGACAAUGUAGCUAGCAUUGCAACUUUCACAUCUGUUAAAAAUGUUAAAGAUAAAGACUGCAUUGCAGAGCUUCCUACUCUUACUAAGGAACUUUCUGAUAUGUCAGCUACUAGUACCAGCAAAGAAAAAUCUAAGUUUAGAACUUCAGGUACUGCUUUAGAAGAUGUAAACAAAAGAGGGGAACAGAGAGACAGCACUGGGAAAUCAGAAGGGUUUUCUUUUCAUGUCAUUAGAACUGGUAUAGCAGUUGAGAGCCAGGAUGAGCAAAUAGAUGCUUGUAAUGGUGAGAAACCUACAUGUCUAGAGAUUCUAACAAAUGGAUUUGCAGCAACGGACCCUGUAAAUCCUCAGGGAACAGAAGAUCUGGACGGUAUUGGUGACUCCAAGGGACUGAAAACUGUUAGCGACCAUAGUACUGAGCAAAGUUUGAACUCAAUGCCUAGCUCAGGUGAAGACUUUGCAGAUUUUGCUACAUUCUCAAGCAAAAAAACAAUCUGUUUAGAGGGAACAGGACCUACAAUAUGCAGUGUUCUUAAUGAAAGACACUCUCUGAGCAUUCAGGAGAACAACAGAAUAAACAGAGUAACUUGUAUUGAAGAAGAGAUUUGCAUUUCAGAAAUUAGCUGUGAACAGGGUCCCUUAGCACUGGAAGAUAAUGAAUUUUCAAUUUCUAGUAAGUCUCAAACAACUGGAAGUUCAAUAUGCACUACUGAAAAUGGAGAACACAAUGAGAGGAGAAGACAACAUGGCAUAGAGAAUGGCAAAGGUUUUACUAGACCUGAUGACUCUCUGGGAACUGAGGACAUCAAGGUUGAUAAGAUCCAAAGCCUAAACUGUGAUCUUGCAGGAGAGAAAUUGGGUGAUUCUAAAGAUCUUAAGAAUGGUGGAAGCAGUACUGAAGUUAUAGCUUGCAGUGACACACAUGAUGAUGAUUUUGGUGAUUUUGGUUCAGUCAGCAGUGCAUCUCUUGCUUUCAUUAAUGCUCAAGAAUCGAUAAAUGCUCUAGAUUUAGAAGGAACUUCUGAACAGCCCGCACAUAUUGGCGAACCUCAUGAUGAAAUCAGGGACACAAGUACUGUUUCUCAGCAGCCAGCAAGGUUGGAUCAAGCUGAACUAAAUCAGACUGCUGACACUCUAGAGUGUAAUACUACCAGUAAAACUUCUGGCUUAGACUUCCAGCAUACUACUGAGGUAGAAAAUGGUGAUGAUAGUGAAUUUGGAGACUUUGAUUCAGUGCCAAAACCUCAAGAUGAGAGUGUUGCUUUUCAGGACUCUGACGACUUUGCGGACUUCAGUUCAGCAGGUUGUGACCAGGCUACAGACUGGAAUGCGUUUGAAGAUGAACAAAAAGACAGCUGUUCUUGGGCUGCCUUUGGAGAUGAGCAAGCUGGUGAAUCUCAUCACAGAAAAGAGACGUGGCAGUCACAUAGGACAGAUGCAUCUGCUAGGAUUGCUGGUCCAGUAUUACACAAGACUGACAGUUUUGCUUUAGCAUCUUUCCAAGGAACUACCAGUAAGCAAUCUCAAGAGCCAGCACCUUCAGUUCAGACAACGUUGCUAAGUCGUCUGGAACGAAUAUUUGAAGUCUGUUUUCCUUCCAUGCCUGUUCUUGAAAUUAAAGAAGAAAUAAGUUCCUUGAAUCAUUUGUUGGAAGCAGGUGAAAAGCAGGUGACAGUUGAGGAGACCUUAGCAAAUACUGGGGAGCUGAUGGACGUGUGGACAGAGCUGCAGGAUAUCCAUGAUGCAUAUGGACUGAGAUACCAGUGGGGUGGCUCCCACAGCAACAAAAAGCUUUUAUGCUCCUUGGGAAUCGACACAAGAAAUAUUCUCUUUACAGGCAACAAGAAACAGCCUGUUAUAGUACCCAUGUAUGCAGCAGGACUGGGUAUGUUAGAGCCUACCAAGGAACCUUUGAAACCAAUAUCUGCAGCAGAAAAAAUAGCUUCAAUAGGGCAGACACCUCCGGUAUCACCUGAGAUGAACACAUGUACAUCUGAUCAGUUCCAGGAAUCUCUACCACCUGUCCAGUUUGACUGGAGUAGCAGUGGCCUUACUAACCCUUUAGAUGCUAGUGGAGGUUCCACUCUUCUGAACCUUGAUUUCUUUGGGCCCGUGGAUGACAGUAGCUCUAGCAGCACCACCACAAUCCCAGGUGUGGAUCCUGAGUUGUAUGAAUUGACAACCUCAAAACUGGAAACUUCCAAUGCAAGCAACAGAGUGACUGAUGCAUUUGCAAGACUCAUGUCCACAGUGGAGAAGGCAAGCACGUCCACAAGGAAGCCUAAAAAGGAAGAACAUCUUAGUGAAGAGGCUGCCAAGGUGAUUUCUAGCCUUCCUGACUUAACUUUCAUGCAUGCCAAGGUGUUGAUGUUCCCAGCCACAUUAACACCUUCAACAAGCUGCCAAGAAAAGGUAGACUAAAGUGAUGUGAAUUGGACGUUUUCUACUGAUUUUUUUUUUCUUCCCUCUGUGGGUCGUGAAAAGCAAUCUUGCUUUAAUUAAAAAAAAAAAAAUCAAGUUCAGAUGAUUUGUUGGUAAGCAGCACUAGAAAGGUAUACAUAGUAAUGUAUAUUUAUUUACAUACUGGAGUCCUAAAUUUAUAUUAGAGAAAAAUGUAAAUAAUUGGGGGUAAAUCUUUUUGAAGAUCUAUUCUUUUUGUUGUGCUGGGGUGUAUACAUUUAUGUCUUUGUGAAAUACACUGGUGGUGUCCUUCUUAUAAAACUUUAAAAA